UUACUGAGGCUUAUUCGAGCCACUUGGGUUUCUGAUGUUAUUUCCCCACAGCUCGUGUUUGAAAGGAAGUGCGACCUGAAUGAUCGUCCGUCACGGACAUGCCUUCAAUAAAUAUUACAGGCCAGCGGGUUUCCAUCCGGAACCAAAUACAAGUGCUUGUUUUUGUAACGUAACAUUUGAAGAAUACACAGCACUGAAGCAUGGAAGAUUCAACGUCGAAAAAGAAACUCUUAUCUGGAGAGGGUGAAGAAAAAAUCAACUGGAAAAAACGAAAAGCAGAAAAGAAGGAACAAAAGCAGAGAUGGAAGGAGGCAAAGCUGAUUCGGCAGCUGGAGAAACAAAACCAGACAAAAGAGGAAGAGCUCAAGCAGCUGCAAUCUCAGGAUAAGGAUGAGGAGGCUAAAGGUCGUUUGUACACAGUUAGUGUUGCUCUGCCAGGCUCAGUGUUGGAUAAUGCACAGUCGCCCGAACUCCGUACUUACCUGGCGGGACAGAUCGCUCGUGCCUGCACCGUCUUCUGUGUGGAUGAAGUGGUCGUGUUUGAUGAGCAAGGAGACGACACCAAGGGAACUGUCGAGGGCGAGUUUAAAGGAGUUGGAAAGAAAGGUCAAGCAUGUGUUCAGCUGGCCAGGAUCCUGCAGUUUCUGGAGUGUCCACAAUAUUUGCGGAAAGCGUUCUUCCCCAAACACCACGACCUGCAGUUUGCCGGACUGUUGAACCCUCUGGACAGCCCACAUCACAUGCGUAUUGAUGAGGAAGCAGAAUUCCGAGAGGGUGUGGUGGUGGAUCGACCUUGUAAAGCGGGAAAAGGGUCUUUCGUCAACUGUGGGAUGAGGAAGGAAGUUCAGAUCGAUAAGCAGCUUCAGCCCGGUUUAAGGGUGACUGUCCGACUUAAUAAAAACCAAAUCUCAGAGAGCAGGGUGUAUAAAGGAGUGGUCGUGUCUCCUCAUGUUCCCAGAACAGAAGGUGGGCUCUACUGGGGCUACAGUGUCCGUCUUGCAUCCUGCCUUAGUGCUGUAAUGACCGAGUGUCCUUUCAAAGAUGGCUAUGAUCUGACUAUUGGGACAUCUGAAAAGGGCAGCAAUGCUGAUGAUGCCAAUCUUCCUCCGUUCAGGCACAUGUUAGUGGUGUUUGGUGGGCUUCAGGGUCUGGAAGCGAGUGUUGACGCUGACCCAAACCUGGACGUAACUGACCCCAGUGUGCUCUUCGACCUCUACCUCAACACGUGUCCCGGUCAGGGCAGCCGUACCAUCCGAACCGAGGAGGCAAUAUUGAUCUCCUUGUCAUCAUUACGACAAAAAAUCAAAACUGACCAAGCUAAACUGUAAUGGCGGGAAGUGAAAUCGCACAAUGGCAAGAAGACGAGUGUAUUGUUUUUUUUUUUUUUCAUAUUCAGCAAGAGAAUAUUUUGUCCACAAAUGUGUUUCAGAGAAGGACAUUGGAAUGUACUAUCGUACAAUGUAUUAUGUAAAAUAUUGUUUUGUCAUUACACACAAAUAUUGCUAAUACAAUUUCAUAAAAAAGA